AUGGAUCCCAACAAUAACCCUUUUAACACCCAAAAUUCUACUAAUUAUCCUUUCAAAUACCCAAAUUCCAACAACUAUAUAUUUCAAAAUCAAUCUUCCAACAAACAAGGUCCCCAAAAUAUACCAAAUUAUGGAUUUCCUCCGAAUUUCAUAAUGUCGUCAUCUAAUCCAAGUUAUCGCCCAUAUUAUGGAAUGAUGCCAUAUUCAUCUCAAACACCCCCUGAUUAUUCUUCUACUCCGAUGAGAAAUGAAAAUAUUUCGAAUGUUGGAGUUGAUGAAUUUCCUGAGUUUUCUACACAAAUGGAUAUUGGUGCCAUGAGAGGUGGUCAAGGAGCCACUCCAAAUGCAGAUGAUUCAACUCCUAUACGCCGGAAAAGCCCCAAAUGGACCACUGAUCAAAAUUUGGUUCUAAUUAGUGGGUGGAUUAAAUAUGGAACAGAUAGUGUUGUUGGGAGAAACCAAAAAAGUGAUUCAUAUUGGGGGAAAAUUGCUGAUUAUUGUAAUGAGCAUUGCUCAUUUGAUCCUCCCCGUGAUGGAGCUGCAUGCAGAAAUCAUUACAACUACAUGAGCAAAAUACUCAAUAAAUGGAUUGGCGCUUAUGAUAAUGCUAAGCGUAUGCAACAAAGCGGGUGGUCGGAGAAUGAUGUAUUGGCAAAAGCGCAUGAAUUAUAUUCAAGUGGUAAGAGUGGGCAUUUUCUUUUAAUGUCAGAACGGCUUGUUGUCCAUAAGGGAACCACCACUGUUAUUCUUGAAGCAGUUGCAACUUAUGAUUUAUGGAUUUGGCAUGGAAAUACUCCAAAAGUGAACUUCUUUGUGAAUCAACGACCGUAUAAUAUGGCAUACUAUCUUGCUGAUGGUAUCUACCCUUCUUAUCCAACUUUCGUCAAAUCAAUUAGACUUCCUCAAAGUGAACCAGAUAAGUUAUUUGCAAAAUAUCAUGAGGGAUGUCGGAAGGACAUUGAACGUGCAUUUGGGGUGUUGCAGGCUCGAUUUAAAAUCAUCCGCGAACCAGCCCGUUUGUGGGACAUAAACGAUUUGGCUCUCAUCAUGAGGUCAUGUAUCAUAUUAAAUAAUAUGAUUGUUGAGGAUGAACGAGAUAUAUAUGCUCAAAAUUGGACAGAUUAUGAUCAAUCUGAGGCAAGUAAGUCUAGUACACCGGAGUCAUUCUCGACCGAGGUGCUACCUGCAUUUGCGAAUCACGUGCGUGCUAGAUCUGUGAUGCGUGAUUCAAAUGUACAUCACGAAUUGCAAGCAGAUCUAGUCAAACACAUAUGGGAAAAGUUUGGAAUAUUUCAUGAUUAA